UACGAGUGGAAGCCAUCUUGGACGGUUGGUUGACAAGAGUCUUUCGCAGUCAGCUAAAAAUUGAUUACACCUUUCAAACACCACAUAGGGAACCGGUUAUUUCAGUUAUCCGAGGGUUGGAAAAACCUGAGUAAGGACGCGGCGGCUCAGUUAAGCUAAAUAAGAUGGCUAGCUGAACAGCCGGCCAACACUUGAAAGCUAGUUAAGAACCUCCUGGUGUGUGGUUUUCCAGAUAACAUUGGCAGAUUACAUCUACGCGAAGCCCUACUUUGCAUAAAGGAAUCUAUGCUUAGGAGUCUUCAAAAAAUUGAAAAAAGGAUUUUUUUUUUUUUUUUUUUUUUCUCCUUGACACCUGAUGUCAGAGAAACAAUAUUGUCGAAGAACCUGCUGAGACAGAAGAUUUGGACACUUAACAUUUAGAUAAUUAUUAAGGUCUCAAGAGGGAAGGACAAUCUUAAGCUUUGAGUGGUCCCGGCAGAGUGGACUCACUUCAUCCAGAGACUGUUAAUAGGUUUCAUUGAUAUUGGAACAGAAAAGUUUAGCUAAGUAAACAUGAGUACCGCCAGGACAGAGAACCCAGUCAUUUUGGGCUUGUCUAAUCAGAAUGGACAGCUCAGAGGCUCAGUGAAGCCUGCUGGAGCACCAGGUGGGGGCGGAGGAGGCCCUCAGCAACAGCAUCUUAACCAGAUGAAAGGCACAAUCAACAAUGGUAAUUCCCAGCCAGUCCCUACAACUAACGCUGUCAUCAAGCCUGGAGAUGACUGGAAGAAAAAUUUGAAAUUACCCCCAAAGGACAUGAGGAUGAAAACUUCGGAUGUGACUGCAACAAAAGGCAAUGAGUUUGAAGAUUAUUGCCUAAAGAGGGAGCUGCUUAUGGGAAUCUUUGAGAUGGGCUGGGAAAAGCCAUCUCCAAUCCAGGAGGAAAGCAUUCCCAUUGCACUGUCAGGAAGGGAUAUUUUGGCCAGAGCCAAGAAUGGCACGGGAAAGAGUGGAGCCUACCUCAUUCCCUUACUUGAACGCAUUGACCUGAAGAAGGACUGCAUACAAGCUUUGGUCAUAGUGCCCACCAGAGAACUGGCGCUGCAAGUAAGCCAAAUAUGUAUCCAGGUCAGCAAACACAUGGGUGGAGUGAAGGUAAUGGCAACUACAGGUGGUACCAACCUACGUGAUGACAUCAUGAGACUCGAUGAAACAGUACAUGUGGUCAUUGCCACUCCAGGCAGGAUUUUAGACCUCAUCAAGAAAGGAGUGGCCAAAGUCAAUCAAGUGCAGAUGAUUGUUCUGGAUGAAGCUGACAAACUCCUGUCUCAAGAUUUUGUGGUCAUGAUGGAGGAGAUACUGGGCUUCCUGCCCAAACAGAGGCAGAUUCUGCUUUAUUCUGCAACCUUCCCUCUCAGCGUGCAGAAGUUUAUGAAUUCCCACUUGCAGAAACCCUAUGAGAUCAACCUAAUGGAGGAGCUUACACUGAAGGGUGUGACUCAGUAUUACGCCUAUGUAACUGAAAGGCAAAAAGUGCAUUGCCUUAACACCUUGUUCUCCAGGCUCCAGAUCAACCAGUCUAUAAUCUUCUGCAACUCCUCUCAGAGAGUGGAGCUCCUUGCCAAGAAGAUCUCCCAGCUUGGUUAUUCAUGUUUCUACAUUCAUGCCAAGAUGAGACAGGAGCAUCGCAACCGUGUGUUCCACGACUUCAGAAACGGCCUGUGUCGGAAUCUUGUCUGCACUGACCUCUUCACAAGAGGAAUUGACAUUCAAGCUGUGAAUGUUGUGAUCAAUUUUGACUUUCCCAAGCUGGGAGAAACAUACCUUCAUCGCAUUGGUAGAUCUGGCCGCUUUGGACACUUGGGUCUAGCCAUCAACCUGAUCACUUAUGAUGAUCGCUUCAACCUGAAAGGGAUUGAGGAGCAGCUUGGAACAGAGAUCAAGCCCAUCCCUGGCAUCAUUGACAAGAGCCUCUAUGUGGCGGAGUACCACAGUGAGAGUGGCGAAGAAGUCAAGCCAUGAGCCAAUCAGUCCAUCCUCCAUUCCCCUUUGUAUCUUUUUUUCAUCCCCCACCCCCCACCUCCCGUCUUGGAGUUUUUGUUUGUUUGUUUGUUUUUUUAUUUUAUUUUAUUUUUUUUUUUUAAAUGUACAGUUUCUGUCUGUCUUCCUUUUUUGGAUGCCACCAUAAGGAAUGUGUAUUUUGAUGGACGCGUUUUGGAAGAACUCAUUUGCCUUUUUAUAGGGCUCUGUGCUGCACCACCACAUCUGAAGACAUAAGCACCGGGAGGAAAGUGCGGGACCAAGUUGAAAAUAUCAAUGCACAUUGUGACGAUUCAUAUCCACCAAUGACACAAAGCCAGCACCAACAGACCCCUAUAUGACACCCUCCAUUCUCCACUUAUUAUUUUGGAAGUUUUAACCAAUUUGUAUCAAGUGCCUUAACAAGCAGUUCAAGUCGUUUUAAAGUAAUAACCCUUUGUUUUCCUCCAUCUUGCUCACGUCAUACCACACGCUCACGUCACCUAAUUGAAAAGUUGUUACACUAAUUUAAUGUUGACCACGCAGGUGAAUGCAUUACUGUUUUUGGUUGGGUCAUCCGUUUGCAAAGAAUGGAGAUAAUUAGAAGGGAGGCUGGUCUGAAUGAUGUUGCUGGCUUAACUGCAGUUGAGUCUGGCUGAUAAAUGAGGACAAACUUGGAUUUUCCAUGGACAGAGAUGCUGGAUUUUUUUCCAAGAGACAGCCAGACUGUCCAGUUGCUUGUGAAGAAGCUUGUGCUUCUAAAAGACCCAGACCCUUUCCUCUGUCUUCAGCAUCAGAACACUACAAAUGAAUAAGCAGCCUCUCAACAGCAUGAGUCAUGAGGAUUCCUGGUUUGGUGGAGUUUAAUUGGAGGGAACGCUUUUUUUCUUUUUUGUCCUGUGUUUCACCUUCCUAUGGAUGGCCAUACUUUAUUCUGCAAGACGUACAGCAGACGUGGGGUGCACCAUACACCUUGUGUAUAUACCUUCAUUUUAAGAUUGUUUUAAACAAGUUCAAAAGGCUGGCUGACAAACUGCAAAGCUUUUUUUUUUUUUUUUUUUUUUUUUUUCCUCCUCCUCUCUUGUUAGCACUGGAGACUGUUUCCUUAACUGCCAGUUUGUUUGAUCUGCAAUAUUGGCCUGUGACUUUAUUUAUAAUUUUAAAAAGUGCAGAAUUUAUUAGAAUCUAAAACAUUUAAAUGACCUUGUGCAUGAAAUGUUUUUGGAGGCAGAGUUCAUCGCUUAUAAUCUUUUAGCCCCUCCAAAUUUGAUGGCGAGUGCAAUUCUUCAAAGCUGCACUUAAACUGAGAUUGUUGAAACUGUUGCCCUCAUUCUCCUGCUACCAGUGUUAACAAGUGUUCAGUCAAGACAGAUGGCUUUGUUAAGCCUUGUGCAUUUGAGUAAUGAAUUCUUUGUUGUCACCAGCCUUAACUUGUGAAACUGACUCUUGAGACACACUCUAAGAUCUCCAGUUAUAGUGAGUGUUGUUGUUGGAAGAGAAAAUAUUAUUCUAUCAUGUAGUAGUACCACUCGCUGCAGUGCAGCUGAAUUGGCAGAGAAUUAGUUUUUUGAGGGGAGGUAUUAGCUGUUACGUUGAUCUGUGCUCUUUAAGCACAGCUACAUCACAAAUGUUGGGUAGAAUGCUGUGGUUUUAUUCCCCCCCCCCCUUUUUUUUUUCCUUUUUUUUUUUUUUGAAUGUCGGCCAAAUGCAUCAAAAUGAACCAUCUGACCUAAAAUGUAGCAGGAAUUCAUUCUCUCUGCAUUGCAAGUUAGCUGGCUUUCCUAAAACCGGCUAACAAAAGAUGCUUUGCUUAAAAACAACCUGAGCAGGUUUUGCCGCACUUAACACACAGAGAUGGGUUCAGGCAAUAACACUGACUGCACUGCUUUUUGUACACUCGUUGAUGCCCAAAGGUGAGAAAGUGUAUGUUGGUGCAGAACAUAAACACAAUUGGCAUGGAGGGGGAAUGGUCAUGAAGGAUUACAAAAUUACUGUUAGUCGGACUGCUUGUUUAAAAAAAAAAAACAAAAAAACUUGGGCACUCAGACUGCUAAGUUUAUGGCUUAUUUUUCUGCCCUCUGUUGCUUUGAUAUUUUGGGUUUGGGUUAGAUAUUUUGGGUUAACUUUCUGCAUUUAUAUGCAGCAUGACAGCCUUAAUUUGCAUUACGGUUCUCUGACCAUUUUUGUUCAGCCAGAAUCUUUUUGCAAAGGAGGUUCCCUUUAUUAUGGUGAGAUGCUCUUUUGACUGUUCUAAUCAAUGAGAAGUGUUAGUGCACAUUUAAUUUAAGCUCCUUUUUAAAAGUGUGACAAUGAUGAUUAGUUAAAGAUAACCCUUUUAUUUCUCAUUGGUUAGAAUGGGAUCCCUGUUCUCUUAAUUCUGUUGCUCUCCCUGAAAUACAUGCACAUUGAAUUUGGCUGUUCUGAAUUUACUUUAUUUUUUUAUUUUUUGGGUGGGAGGGCUCUGUUAGAUUAAAAAUAUCCAAAUUAAUUACGCAUUAGUUGAGUGAACAGGGAUCUAAUUGUGCAGGCGCUUGGCAGCUGUCUGUGUUUUUUUUGUCAGCCCACUGGUAGUAAUUGCCACAGCAAAUGCUCUCAAGGCUAAAAUCAACGAUCCUUCAAGACUUGGUGUGUUUACCAUUGAUGGGAUGCUGCUUUACUGCCAGUGGCUGUCAUCUUGAGAACCUUAAUGACUGAGACAAGAGCAUCUUGCCCAAGAUUGGGUGACUAAUUGGAUAGUUUGUGUAACCAAAUUGUCUCAUUCUUUAAGGUCUUUUUAAAAUUGUGGGGUGGUUAAAUUAGUGCACUUGCUGCCCUGAUGCAUGUGUUCAUCCUCUCUUGAUAGCUGUGACACAUUUCCGAUAACACAGCUUUUGUGUACGAAUUGGCCAUUCCGUCACUAAUCUGUUGAGGAGGAUAUGAGAGUAGUCCUUCAGGGAUUUCUUUCAAAACGGAUGCAUCAGUAAAAAUAACAUGGGGAGGGGGGCGCUGCCUUUGGGCAUUACAAAAACAGGAUAACAUGAUCCAAUGAUCCAAAGUUAUGAAAAUGGGUAUAAAAAGGUUUGAAAUAGUUGCCCUUAGAUUUGGAUUCGAUUCGUUUUUUCUUUUUCUUUCAAAUGAAAUGUUCAAUUGGAGUACAACUUAUUUAAAAAGUAUCCAAAUUUAAGUGAAGAAUUUAAAGUGAGUUUUUUUUUUUUUUUUUUUUUUAAAUUGGAAAUUUUGGUCAUUGUCCUUAUUCAGUGAAGCUAAUUUUACAAUGGACUUAAGUUUAAAGGAUGUCAUGAAUAUUAUUGGGGAUGUUUUGUUGAAA